CGGCCUCCGACGAGAGAGGUCUGUGCGAGCGUCGUUCGUCGUUAACAGUCGCGGCAACUUCGGUUCGGUUCGUAGCGUCGCGACUUCAACUCUUGUACGAUACAACGAUCAUGUUAUGACGGAUGCCGUGUCGCCGAUACGUCGCGUCUGCGAUCACCCGGUUAUGAUGUACACGCGAUAGGGAAACAAGUAGUAUAGCUCGUCGUCUCCGAAGUCGCCCGUCUGCCUCGACUCGAGCAACAGAUGUGACCAUCGUGCGCGUCUCGUUCUUUAUAUUUAGUUGAUCAAGAUUUCCUCAGUUGCUGAAAAUUCGCGACGCUUCGAUCUCAAUCUCUCUACGAUUGUUUCGUUCCUCUUGUCGAGAAGGCGUCGUAACGAAUAACCACGAGCACAUUCCACUCGCGGAGAUAAGAAACGUUUGAGUAAUCCAACGAUCAAGUGAAAGAUAACAUCGGGGAAAUAAGAAGUUCUUGGAAUCUGCGUCUGCGAUCGACGUAAAUUGCUGCUCGUCCGCGAUCGACGUGAAUUGCUGCUCGUCCGCCGUUCUAAGAACUUAUCUACGGCUUAAGGGCACCCGGCCGUGUACGAGAAGUAAAAGGAAGAAUUCCUUUGUCCUCCGAGACGGUACGGAAGAAGAGGUGGACGAACCGUGGAGAGGGCAAGAGAAAGACGCAGCCAAACGAAACAGCACGCGGUCUCGAGUUUCUCGGAGUAUACCUGCCGUAUAUAGAAGUGCAACAAGGACGACGAUUAAACGAGAAAGAGAGAGAGUGAGCGAGGGACGCUUUGUACGGUGAACGGCCGUCUCGUUGUCGGUGCCAGCAGCCAUAGGGCAACAAACCACGCGCUGCACAGCCGGGAGAAACUCUCUUCCUGCUCAAGGUCAGAGCAUCGAGGUCCACGCGAUUCUUUUGCAAUCGCGUCGCGUUGCGUUGCACUUCGCAGGCCGAAUCCGGACGAUCGCGAGUGAAGUAAAGCAAAUCGUGCGCGUAAUGUUCGGGCGGAAGUAGAAUCGCGAAAAUCGUUUCGUCAAAAAUUCGAGAGCGUUUGAGAAGAAAAAGGUGAGAUUGUGUUUGAUUUCCUCGUGACCAUGCUGAGGCAGAGGCUAUUACCGGACGCCAUGACGAUAGUUAGAGCAGCUGUUCUCGCAGCUGUUCUGGGACAGCUCGUAGGCCCCAGCUCGGCCAGCAGACCCGCCGGUGCACACCCUGGACAUGCUUAUUUCGAACAACCUUGUUGCGGACGUUCCCAUCUUAGGCAUCACAAAGAACACGUGCGCGAAUUCAGCUGCGGCAUGCUGUACUACAGGACGCUCUAUCUGGACAGUAAGAGGGACGCCCUAUACGUCGGAGCUAUGGACAAGAUCUUCAGGCUAAAUCUGAGCAACAUCAGUCAUUCCAACUGCGAGAGAGAUGCCCUGAAUCUGGAACCCAGCAACGUGGCAAAUUGUGUGUCCAAAGGCAAAUCGGAGCACUUCGACUGCCGGAACCAUAUAAGAGUGAUACAACCGAUGGGAGAUGGCAAUCGGCUUUACAUGUGCGGCACGAACGCACACGCGCCCAAGGAUUGGGUGAUAUAUAGCAAUCUGACUCACUUACCGCGUCACGAGUUUGUUCCGGGGGUGGGAAUGGCGAUUGCCAAGUGCCCUUACGAUCCUGCGGACAAUUCGACGGCGGUUUGGGUCGAGAAGGGCAAUCCUGGGGACUUGCCCGCUCUUUACUCGGGCACGAACGCCGAGUUCACCAAAGCCGAUACCGUAAUCUUCCGCACGGAUCUCUACAAUCUGACUACCGGUCGCAAGGCGUUCAGCUUCAAAAGAACGCUCAAGUACGAUUCCAAGUGGCUCGACAAGCCCAAUUUCGUAGGCUCGUACGACAUUGGCAGUCACGUAUUUUUCUUUUUCCGCGAGACCGCGGUCGAAUACAUAAAUUGCGGCAAAAGUGUGUACUCCCGCGUGGCGAGAGUCUGCAAGAGGGACACUGGCGGUAAAAAUAUACUCGCGCAAAAUUGGGCGACGUAUCUCAAGGCCAGGUUGAACUGCUCGAUACCCGGCGAGUUCCCGUUUUAUUUCAACGAGAUACAGAGCAUUUACAAGGUGCCGGGUGAUGACACGCAUUUCUACGGCACCUUCACCACAUCGACGAACGGAUUAAUGGGCUCCGCGAUAUGUUCCUUUCACAUUGACGCCAUUCAGGAGGCUUUCCGCGGAAAGUUCAAGGAACAGGCAACCAGUAGCAGCGCGUGGCUACCGGUUCUGUCCAACAAAGUUCCGGAACCUCGUCCGGGCCAAUGCGUCAACGACACGGAAACGUUGCCGGACACAGUUUUGAAUUUCAUAAGGUCCCAUCCUCUAAUGGAUUCGGCGAUCUCGCACGAGAACGAGAAGCCGGUCUUUUACAAGCGGGAUGUCAUGCUCACGCGACUGGUUGUUGAUAAGCUGCGCAUUGACUUCGUGGGCAUCGACCUGGAUUAUACCGUCUAUUACGCUGGCUCCAGCGACGGUCGUGUUCACAAGGUUGUGCAGUGGCUCGAUGCGAACGGCGAAUCCCAGUCGAUCUUGCUGGACGUUUUCGAUGUCACGCCGGGCGAACCGAUACAGGCGAUGGAGAUCUCGAAGGAGCAUAAGGCUCUUUACGUAGCGUCGGAUCAUCGGAUAAAGCAAAUUGAUCUGGUAAUGUGCACCCGACGAUACGACAAUUGCCUGCGAUGCGUUCACGAUCCGUACUGCGGAUGGGAUAAGGAUACAAAUACGUGCAAACCCUACGAACCUGGGCUUCUUCAGGAUGUAUCGAACAGCACAGCCGACGUUUGCGACAGCAGCGUCGGCAAACGGAAGUUGGUUGUCACGUGGGGCCAGUCGGUGCAUCUGGGUUGUUUCGUAAAAAUGCCGGAAGUGCUGGCGAAUCAAGAAGUACGGUGGUACCAUUAUAGCAAAGAAAAGGGCAGGUAUCAGAUCGCGUACAAGUACGGCGCCGGCGGCGACAAGUUCAUCGAGACCUCGGAGAAGGGUCUGGUGAUUGUCGGCGUGAACGAGCAGGACGCCGGCAGGUACGACUGCUGGCUCGGCGGUGCCCUCCUGUGCUCGUACAACAUCACCGUGGACGCGCACAGAUGUUCCGCCCCCGCCAAGUCCAACGACUAUCAGAAGAUCUAUUCGGACUGGUGUCACGAAUUUGAAAAGUACAAGUCGGCGAUGAAGAGCUGGGAGAGAAAGCAGGCGCAAUGCGCUUCGAGACAAAACGACAGCAAUCAGAAUCUACAUACGAACGAGGUGUACGGCACGCCCCUCGUCUGAUGGAGCCGAUCGUUGGGUCCCUCGUCGAGCCGAGAUCACGAUGACGCCAUGAUACGCAUAAGCGUCCCGCCGAGAAAUCGCGGCUGGACCACGACCGGCUGGACGAGUCUGAUCUUCCUGCUGGCCGGUCACGUCACCGCGCUCGGCCCGCUGGUCACCCGGGGUCUCUCAAGCGUCUGAGACCGUUCCGCGGCUUCGUGAACUGUGUGAGAGAGGUGAGAGGACUGAAAUCUGGUGAGUGCGAAAUAAUAAUAAAAAAAAAAGAACGUACGCGCGAUCGAUCCGUCGUGCAUAUUGAUACUAUUACGUGCCACUGUGCCCGAGAUUGCGUCUCGUCGCGCUGCCGAUCGCGAGUGAUCGUCGACGACACUUCAUUGGGCGGUCGGAAUAUCAGAGAUACUCCAGUUUCGUUCUGGUCGCGCAUCCCGCUUUCCAUUUACGUAUGUUUUGUACUCACUUCACGCUGUAAAUAGACGUGUCGCGCGAAAGAGACCGGACGCUGACGCAGCGAGUGUGUUCUCGGCGAGGACGACGGAUAUAAUGAUGCUCGCGAAAUGUCGUCAAAUAGUGAAACGAUUCUUGGCUCGUAAAUUCCAAUAGGGAUGGUGUAUAUUCGCGGAUAAAAUCCAGGUUCUCGAAGGCUGGAGACUCAGUGCGGAAACUGUACGGAGAAACGCUUGCUUUCAUUUCCCCAGAUUUUUAAUUAAUUUGCGAGACGGCGAUGAAUUAUGUGUACAUACGAUAUCGGAGUCUCGAAAGACGUCAUGUUGAUCGCGAUAUCACCGUAAUGAGAUAUUGAUUAUCAAUAGAACCGUCGAGAUUGAGCGGUGCGUCGAAGAAUAGAAGAAACGUGUUCUCCUGCAGUUUUUCGCAUCUGUAAUAAAAAAUGGCAGAAAUGAGAGACGGCGGAAGGUAUAGUUGUUUGUUCUCUUGACGACGAGAGAGCAUCGAUAGGACAACAUCGGCCGUUUCAGCCUGAGAAAAGGUGGAAACAUCGCGUCAAGAGAAAGAGAAAAAAAAUGAAAAACAUGACCAACGGCGCGUUUACGACGUCACGCAGGUUACAUAUGAGAUUAUUAUCGACUUUAGAGACCUUCGUGCGAGUUGAGCUGUACUCGCGCGACGCUGGUUAGCUUUCCAUAUCACGUUCGCCACUUUUGCGGCGCGCACACGCCUAUUUUCUACUCUUGCACACCCUCCCUUCGCAUACUCUUCCUUUCUUUCGCCCUUUCUCUUUUCGUAUAUCGCAUCUCGACAAUCGCGCGAACCUCUAUACCGCCUUAGUUAUCUUUUGUUUGCCGGAACUUUCGUGCGCCGUUCCAAUCAUCAUCAUUAUUCUUCGCGUACCCACCUGAGAGACACAUGGUGAAACGACCGCGCGAUGACACCGCGUUUUUACGCCCGCGCGCGCGUAUAUUGUGUCGACGAAGGCGCACAACACGUGUUGGUGUCGUGCGGAAACGUCAAAAAAUCGUUGCGCUCCAGUUCGCGAGGAACCGCCUCGAGUAUCUCUCGUCGUCAUCGUCGAGAAUAUCCCUCCUUCAACCAAGGUGCUACGCGGAUAUAUUUUUCGUUUCCGCAGAGAAAAUCGGUAAGACCUACGUGGUCUCGGACUCGCAUACCUACAUACAUUUUCCGUCUCAUUUUCAUCCCAUUACACUUAUUCCCCGAUCGACACGCGUACGAAAAGAAAAAACCGCGUCACGCAUCCAACGAUUGCGCGUUAUGCACUGUACAUAAUAUAUCGGAUUCCAAAAGUCACGUGUACACACUUUCCUUAGGUAAGUCUAAUAUUAGCGUAGAAUAUACAUGUUUGCUUAUUAGUUUUCGAUGAAACACACGGCCACGGAUCUCUCGUUGCAUCCUGCAACGAUAUCGGUGGCACAAACAAUCGCCACCAGAAGUAAACGCGGUGCUGGGGCACACAUCGAGAGCGAGCGAUCGUUUCGACGCGACUUCCGGACUCAACGCUGCGAGUCGUCGAACUGUCGGGUCGCCCGUGCGUUUCUAACGUGUUCUUUUUACACUACGCAGGAAUAGAUUGCGACAGAAUCGAGUUCGCGACGUGGAGUCCAUGAAAUUUGCUUCCCGAAAUCAAUCUGGAGUUUUAAAUUGUUAAAUUUGAUUCGCGUCUUGGGAUGUUAAUACGAUUAUAUUAUUCGAUUUUCCUUGCUUUUAUCGCGUCGUCGCUGAUUUUCGGUACGCUCUUAUUUUCAACGCCCGGAAACUCUCUCUUCGAAUUAUGGAUUACGGAUAACGGGAGUGUGUUUUUGACUUUGUAAUUCUCCUGUAUAUAGAUAUAAUAACGUUAUAUUUUUAUAAAAAAAAAAAAGAAAAAGAAAACGAUCUUGCCGAGAAAGACUCAUUGCGAAAAGUAACGACACGUUUUUCAUUAGUAUUCGUACACUCAAUCAAGUGGACUGAUCAUAAAAAUAAAAUUAAAAAAAAUAACAAAACAAACCGUUUCAGGAUAAACGAAUAUUUUUCGAAUCUCGAUACACAGACACAUACACGCGCGAAAACCGACGGGGAAUUCAAUUUUGUCGCGUUCCAUCGCUAAUUUCAAUGCCGCAUAUAUGCAUACGUCCUCGUUUAGUAAUCGUCCAUGAAAAUAUGACGCAGGCUCACAUUCACUAGUAGUGAAAUUAGCGUUCGUGUUAGCGUCCGUCCGAACUUUUCCUCGGAGAUCAACACAUAUACAUUUUGUAAUCAAUAUGCGACAACAAAAGCGUCUAUCGGUGCUCAUUUGGCGCGGUUUGUCGAACGAUCGACGUAUCGAGAGAGAGCACCCAGCCAGCCAUAAUCACCAUUUAUACAUACACACGUAUAGGCUAUUAUAAAGAAUUGUAGGAGAGGUCAUGACGCCUCUCUCUGUACACACAUACACAUAUACACAGAUUUUCGGUUCUCUGAAAAGCCAUCGGUGAUAGUUUCGCUCUUAUUCUUAAGUUUGUACAUAGACAUUUUUUAUUAUCGUAAUAAUUCACGCAGCAUCUUCGAUAUAAGGAGAUGCUCGAUCGAGCCUGGAUGCGCGCGCGACUGUUAUUAAACUUCUGUACAGAAAUUGUCGCAGUCGACGAUUUACAUAUACUUUUUGUACCUAUAAGGCUCAACCUAUACGCGAGAAUACGCGGCGAGGGACUCCGAUUUUGAAGGAAAUAUAAAUCCUCGUAGAGGAAAAUGUUAGAGAUUGUGAGACUAAUCGGGAGUUAUACACACCUAAACGAGAGACCUUGACGAGAGUCGUAAGAGUAACACAAUAAUCGGUAAUCUAAUCCUCGAGUAUGUACUUAUUAUGAGCUUCAACAAGUAUUGAAUAGUAUUACGAUAUAAGAGUUAAGGCUAUACGCACGUUAAGGGUAAAAUCGAGAGAGAUGUCGCGCGCGGAUCGACGAGGGUUCAUUUUUCGGGAAAAAUUCCCCGAAAACGCAAUCUUCGUCGAUCCGCUCGGUCCUAUACUCGUACCUACAAAUCAUCCUCAAAUUUCUCCAGUCAUCAAUCGACGUCCCGGACCGUACCGGAUAAGACGCGCCUGGAUAUAGAGAGCGAAAGAGAGAAAAAAGGAGCGAUAGAAAGAGUGCUAGGAUAUACGUGCGUGCGCGAAUGCGUGUGUGAGUGUAAAUCGCGUGAUGUGUCACGGAUUGAUACGUAAAGAAUAGUAACUUACCUAUCGUGUAUCUAAAGAAAGUUAUAAAAAGAGUAAAAGCAAACUUAAUAUUACGAUAGAAUAGUAAAGUACACGAACUUUGGCUAAGAGCGUCCUCGUGCAGUCCUUACUGGCCACGUCAUGUCAGCCGCGUGUUUAUAGUAACGCAAGGAGAAAUCGUAUCGACCCUAGAAUAUGGUGUACUCUCUCUCCUCUCCGUCUUGCGAGAGAGCCGACAAGGUGUUCGUCUGCGAGUGCACGAGGACGCGCUUCGGGUUGGAGUAGGCGUGAUCACGGAAAGCAAUCUAAGUUGAAUCUAAAGUUGUUAGAUAUAUUAUUUGUAAGAAUUACUGUAUGUUGCGCGUGGAGAUGCGAUUGAUGCGGCGGGAUAUCGCGAGCGGAAAUCAUCGAUUCUGGCGAGUAAUCAAGCCCGUCCGGCGGUCAUCGGAGCAAAUUUUGUCGCUUCUUUGCGGAGACACGCGCGAGCUCGAAACGUACUUCAACGACAAAAAAAAAAGAAAAAAAGAAAAGAAUACACAUCGCGUCUGCGAAAUCCCAGUCGAUUAUCCCGCAACGUCGACCGCGAAGGCGAGAUAGAUUAUAGCUCGGUUUAAUGUAUGCGAUGCGAGACGAUUUUGGGUAACGCAAGAUGAUAGUUACUCGAGUAAGGGGACGAAAAGGGGGGUGGGGCGGGGGAGGAAGAGACGCCCUAACUGAAUAAUUAGUUACGACGACAUACUACUACGAUACAGAGAAUUGGAAGUGGAGGAUAGCCGAUAACGAUUUAUUAAGAUAUAUCACUAGGACUAGCCGACGACUGUUAGGUUUCGCGAGUGGUUUCGGAAGCGUAGACUUAUUUCUCGGGAGGGGGUGAGGUAUAUAUAUAUGUGUAUAUAUAUAUAUAUAUAUAGGUAUAUACAUAUAUAUGGACCGGGGAAAGGAUUCGCCGUGUACUUUUUACCUUUUUUUUACCGCGAAGAUUACGAAAGAGCGGGAAAAUGUGAUCCGUUUGACCGAUUUCCUUUCAAUUUCCCCGCCUUUUUUUUUCCGCUCUCGUGUCAUCUCGGCGCCGUUUUUCUCCCGCGACUAUUCUUUUUUUUUCCUUUUUAAUUCACUCCCCUCCCCCCUUUUUUUACAAUAUAUCUUGCCUUAAAGCAGAAAAUUGGAGCAAACUCGCGUUCGCGCGAGAUUAAUAGUCCAUUCGUAUCGUGGAAAACUCAUCCUUCAUCAUCGCCAUAUUUUUCUCCGUCUUUUCGGUUUCGCUUCUUUUUUGCAUUCUGCUCGUUCCUGUCGACAGCAGAGCGAUCAAGGGUGGAAAUUAGGGACGGGCGGUAGCGCGCCGUGAGUCGUUUUCAAGCUCGUAGAAGCCGAUAUGCCGCUUACGGGAAUUCAAUUUAGUACCGUACGGAAUAAGGGACGUGGGAUCCUCUGCAUCGCUCGAGGUACAUAACGCCGCCGUAGGGGCGUGCAUCGGCAGUUUUGUUUAUGGAACGUACUCGUGAAUAUCGAUCUUCCUCGAAGCGCCCCGCCAAACCGUUGUGUUUGUUCGCGCCAGGCGAUAUGUUUAUCGAUUAAAUUAAUUCGGCCACACAUAUGUAUAUGCCGCGCACCUUGCGCCUGUGUCGAACAAAAAUACAGUUCUCUCUGUGCUCUAUGAUUUUUCGAAAAACUGCGAAUCAUGCAUAAGAAAUCACAGCCUCAUCUUUAUGUAACAGAAAUUAAUUUUUAUGUAAAAAAAAAUCAUUUUUUUUUAUUGUGUUUACAAGAAAGUGUUUCACAAAUAUUUGUAAUAAUUGGACCUCAUAAUGAAUACGAAAUGUGCGUUGAAUAUGUUGACUAAAUGCGUUUAAUCUGUACUGCAUACAGAUAUAUUUGGCGAUUAUACGAUCGAUCGAUUCACGGUACGCACCGCCUAAAAAAAUUCAGACUUAUUGACACGUACGUGCGAUUAUCAUCGUUAAUAAACACGACCGUAGAUAAUUUUUAGUUCAAAGAAUUUCGUACGAUAAGAGACCCUUUUAGAUAUUCACCUAUUACCUAAACAUCCAAUCGCUAUUUUUAUCAAAAAAAACAUGUUAAAAAUCUUUAAUAGUUAUCCAUUGUUCACUAUUGCUAUAAUAAAGUUUUGCUUUAAUAAAUGAUUGAUUCGUA